GCCCGCCCCCCCCGCUUCUCUGUCCUGUCUCAACUUUUGGAAAAAGUUUUUCCCCCCUAUUUCUUCGGAGCAGAAGGUGGGGGACAGUUCAGCAUUUUAGAUUUCCACCCCGUUUAGGAGAGAGAGAGAAUAGAAGGAAAAUCUGUAAAUCUACUCCCGGUCCCGAGCUGGAUUGAGAAUGGGGUGUACAACACGGUGUAAAGGCUGGCUGCUCGGACUCGCCCUUCUCUGGUUAGCGGUGUGUACCGGCGGCGUGAGCCGGAGAGAACUUUUCCAGUACGGGGAGGGGGCUGGGGACCAGCUCCUGGAGAGAGGAGACGACACCUCGCUUGAAUUCGCUCUGGAUAAACCGCUGAUGUUUUACGACGGCAAAUUCAGCAGCGUUCAUAUAAACACCAAUGGCUUCAUUGCCACCAGUCAACCGACAAGUGAGAGGGAGUAUCUAGACAGUUUCCCCCCCAGUUUUGGCAUGGUCGCCAUGUUCUUGGCCGACCUGGACACCAGCGACGGAGUUGGCAAAGUCUUCGUCCGGCAAGACGCCAGUCCCAACACCCUGCAGCUGGCGGCCGCCCACAUCAACCGGGCCUUCCCCUACGAUGAAAAGUUCACCCCCACUCACACCCUCGUCGUGACCUGGGAGGACGUGGCUGCCUACCAGGAGCACACCAGGGGCGACGGGCUGGACAGCAAGAGAAACACCUUCCAAGCCAUCCUGGCUUCUGGGGAAAAAUCUACGUAUGCCAUUCUGCUGUACCCAAGGGAUGGGCUGCAGUUCUCUUCGACGCGUUCGAAGGGCACGGACACAGACCGUCCAGCCCGAGUUGCCUUUAGCAAAGGACUGCAGCGGUACUUGAUAUGGAGCUAUCGCCCAGGACCUUACUAUGAAAUCACCACCAGCAGCGAAGAGUCUGUCAGGGAUCUUUAUGAGCUCACGAAUUCUGGCAAGCGAGGCGUGUGGGUGUACGAGAUAGGGACCACCCCUUACUUCAGCAACGUUGCGCCGGGGGAAGUGGAAGAGAUUCCCACCGAGGUCCCCCUGGAGAAUCCCCAGGGGGGUUAUGAUGAUGAAGUGCCAGAGACCCGUGUGGACCCGGGGCCCAGACGCGAGGAGGAGCAGCAGGUGCUGGAGUACCCACCCUACCAGCCGUACCCCCACCAGCCAGCCGUAGAGAACCCCGAUUCUUCCCCGUAUGAGGGGAGACUGGAACGACCUGCACUGAGCACCCCUGAAGAUCCUGCUCCUGUAGACACCUACGCAGAGCCCAUUCCUGUCCAGCCGGUCCAGUUUCGUCCACAGUACCCCCAAGAGAUUGGUCAGGCCCGGCAGCCACUCUACCCCAUCGACAACGCCAGGGUCGUGGUUGUGGAUGGGGACCUUGAAGUAGAUGCCAAUGUUUUUACAUACAACUCGGAGACUUGUGCUAACAGCCGACAGAAGUGCUCCAACUUUGCUGAUUGCAGGGACUACCCCACUGGCUAUUGCUGCCAUUGCAGGCCUGGCUACUAUGGGAAUGGAAAACACUGUGUGGCAGAAGGAAAGCCUCAGAGGAUGAAUGGGAAAGUCAAUGGCAGGCUCUUUGUGGGCAGCUCUCCUUCCCAAGUGGUGUUAAGCAACAACGACCUGCACUCCUACGUGGUGGCCAACGAUGGCCGGGCCUAUGUGGCCAUCAGCACCAUCCCCCGAAGCCUGGGCCCAUCCCUGCUGCCCCUGUCCUCUUUAGGAGGUGUCAUCGGCUGGGCAUUCGCCCUGGAGGCUCCAGGUCAUGAAAAUGGCUUUAGUGUAGUAGGAGGGGAGUUCACUCGUCAGGCUGAGGUGACCUUCCUUCCUGGGAAUGAGAAGGUGACUAUCCGGCAGGAGUUCAAGGGCAUUGAUGAGCAUGACCACUUGGUGGUCAGCACCGACGUGGAAGGAAGGCUACCGGAAAUUCCCGAGGGGGCGUCCGUGCAGAUCGAACCCUACUCCGAGAUCUACCAUUACAGCAGCCAGAUGAUCACCUCUUCCUCCACACGGGACUACACCGUCACCCUGGGGGACGGCAGCACUUACACCAGAUCAUACCAGUGGAGGCAGACCAUCUUCUUCCAGAGCUGCCCUCACGACGAAGCCUCCAGGGCCACCCCAGCCACACAGCAGCUCAGCGUGGACCAGAUCUUCGUGAUGUAUGACGCGGACACUCAACUAAUCCGCUACGCCAUGAGCAACAAGAUCGGCUCGCUUCACGGGGGCGGGGAGGAAGAAAACGCCUGCUUCACUGGGAGACACGGCUGUGAUACCAACGCGGCCUGUCGGCCCGGCCAGGGUAACCAGUUCACCUGUGAGUGCGCCACCGGUUUCCGUGGAGAUGGACACAGGUGUUACGAUAUUGAUGAAUGCCAGCCAGGCAGAUGCCACCCAAAUGCUGAUUGUUACAACACUCCAGGCUCGUACAGAUGUCAGUGUAGGCCGGGUUUCUAUGGAGAUGGGAGUCAAUGCACCCCUGAUAUAGCAGUGCCCGAGAAGACGCGGUGCGAGCGCGAACGGGACCGCCUCCUGGGCUCCUCCUCCUCCGCCUUCGGCCCGCGGGGGCCCCGUCCCGUGCCCGGCCAGUACAUCCCCACCUGCGACUCCCUGGGCAACUACACCCCGCUGCAGUGCCACGGCAGCACGGGCCACUGCUGGUGCGUGAACCGGCACGGGGACGAGAUCCCGGGGACGAGAGCCGGGCCCGGGGCCACGCCCACAUGCACCCCAUCGCCCCCCCUGGGGCCGACGCCCAGGCCCGAUGUUCAUCCUUUGCCUCCUGGAACCCACCUGCUCUUUGCCCAGAGCAGCAGGAUUGAGUUUGUGCCCCUAGAGGGGCACAGCAUGAAGAAAGGCGAUGCCAAGGCUUUGUUGCACCUCCCUGAUAAGGUGGUGAUCGGAGUGGCCUUUGACUGUGUGGAAAAGAUGGUUUACUGGACUGACAUCACUGGGCCCUCCAUCAGCAAGGUUAGCUUGCAUGGAGGAAAGCCUGUGCCAAUCAUCUCUACAGGUGGGCUGGAUCUUUGGUUUGUUCUUCUUGGGAAUGGGAGUUCACUUUACUACUAUAUAUUCACCUGUGUACAGUGAUUUAACUGUG